AACAGAGCACCUGGACAUCACUCAAGCAUACUGUGCAUAAUAAUGCAUAGGGAGAUCAUACAGUGGUAUGCCAUGCAUAUCAGAUCUUUCUUCUCGUACACCACCCCUCCUGCCACUUCGGUAUCACCGCAUGCAACCGAGCAGACACCACGCCAAACUUUAAACCGCGGUGGUCACAUUCGAUCUUUGCCAAGUGCUGAUGGGCUCCCACCGCCGCCGAAGGUUUCUGGGUGAUGACUCUC